ACCGCGGGCUGUGCUCUUCUUCCAGGUGGCCGGUCGGCUGCUGAGCCCUCUGCCGCGGGGGGAGACGGUUUGCGCCUUGCCCGCGGCCACUGACCAUGACCAUGACCCUGCACACCAAAGCGUCUGGCAUGGCCCUGCUGCACCAGAUCCAAGCCAACGAGCUGGAGCCCCUGAACCGCCCGCAGCUCAAGAUCCCCCUGGAGCGGCCCCUGAGCGAGGUGUACGUGGACAGCAGCAAGCCCGCCGUGUACAACUACCCCGAGGGCGCCGCGUACGACUUCAACGCCGCGGCCGCCGCCUCCGCGCCCGUCUACGGCCAGUCGGGCCUCGCCUACGGCCCCGGGUCCGAGGCGGCCGCGUUCGGCGCCAACGGCCUGGGGGGUUUCCCGCCGCUCAACAGCGUGUCUCCGAGCCCGCUGGUGCUCCUGCACCCGCCGCCGCAGCUCUCGCCCUUCCUGCAUCCCCACGGCCAACAGGUGCCCUAUUACCUGGAGAACGAGCCGAGCGGCUAUGCGGUGCGCGAGGCCGGCCCUCCCGCCUUCUACAGGCCAAAUUCAGAUAAUCGGCGCCAGGGUGGCAGAGAGAGAUUGGCCAGCACCAGUGACAAGGGAAGCAUGGCCAUGGAAUCUGCCAAGGAGACUCGCUACUGUGCAGUGUGCAAUGACUAUGCCUCAGGCUACCAUUAUGGAGUUUGGUCUUGCGAGGGCUGUAAGGCCUUCUUCAAGAGAAGUAUUCAAGGUAAUAGACAUAAUGACUACAUGUGUCCGGCUACCAACCAGUGCACGAUUGAUAAAAACAGGAGGAAGAGCUGUCAGGCCUGCCGGCUACGCAAGUGCUACGAAGUGGGCAUGAUGAAAGGGGGGAUACGGAAAGACCGCAGAGGAGGGAGAAUGUUGAAGCACAAGCGCCAGAGAGAUGAUGGGGAGGGCAGGAACGAAGCGGAGCCCUCUGGAGACAGGAGAUCUGCCAACCUUUGGCCAAGCCCACUCUUGAUUAAACACACUAAGAAGAACAGCCCCGUCUUGUCCCUGACAGCCGAUCAGAUGAUCAGUGCCUUGUUGGAGGCUGAGCCCCCCAUAAUCUAUUCCGAGUACGAUCCUACCAGACCCUUCAGUGAGGCUUCAAUGAUGGGCUUGCUGACCAGCCUUGCAGACAGGGAGCUGGUCCACAUGAUCAACUGGGCAAAGAGAGUGCCAGGAUUUGUGGAUUUGACCCUCCAUGAUCAGGUCCACCUUCUGGAAUGUGCCUGGCUAGAGAUUCUCAUGAUUGGUCUUGUCUGGCGCUCCAUGGAGCACCCAGGGAAGCUCCUGUUUGCUCCUAACUUGCUCCUGGACAGGAACCAGGGAAAAUGUGUUGAGGGCAUGGUGGAGAUCUUUGACAUGUUGCUGGCUACAUCGUCUCGGUUCCGUAUGAUGAAUCUCCAGGGAGAGGAGUUUGUGUGCCUCAAAUCCAUCAUUUUGCUUAAUUCUGGAGUGUACACAUUUCUGUCCAGCACCCUGAAGUCUCUGGAAGAGAAGGACCAUAUCCACCGUGUCCUGGACAAGAUCACAGACACCUUGAUCCAUCUGAUGGCCAAAGCGGGCCUGACUCUGCAGCAACAGCACCGGCGUCUGGCCCAGCUCCUCCUCAUCCUCUCUCACAUCAGGCACAUGAGUAACAAAGGCAUGGAACAUCUGUACAGCAUGAAGUGCAAGAACGUGGUGCCUCUCUAUGACCUGCUGCUGGAGAUGCUGGACGCGCACCGCCUGCACGCCCCAGCCAAUUUCGGGAGCGCACCCACGGAGGACGUGAACCAGAGCCAGCUGGCCACCGCCGGCUCAACUUCAUCACAUUCCUUGCAAACGUAUUACAUCACCGGGGAGGCAGAGAAUUUCCCCACCACAGUCUGAGAGCUCCCCGGCUCCCCCCACGGUUCUGAGAAUCCCUGUCGCACUUUACCCACAUCAUGCAUCACUCUAGCCGACUUCUGCCCCUGCACACACUCUGGCAUGCACCCAGCGCUGGCUUUCUAAUAUGGGUGGCCAUUCAUUUGCUCGCUCAGUUCUAAGUGGCACGCCUUCUUUUGGGAACAGCCAAAGGGAUUCCAGGGCUACUUUCUUUGUAACAGCUCUGUCUCUCUCUCUCCCUUUGCUACCUUACUCAGCAUGAGGAUUCCCUUAGCGUUUCAUGACUGAGCUCCGUCUACGAGCUGGGCUCAGAUGACUGUGCACUUUAGCUACUUGUGACCCAAGGCCUGGAGAGUGGACAUUUCACCUCCGUGAAUGUGAAGCACUUUUUAAUGGCUCUUAUUUAAGCAUAAGCCACAGGAAAGAAUUGAAAGUGGCUCCUUUAAUUGCUGACUUGGAGAAAGCUAGGUCCAGGGUUCAUUAUAACAUCCUCUUGUAUUCCUAUAGUAACAUAUCAUUUUAUUAAAGUCAGACCUUAAAGCUUCUGCUCUGUUGCGUGGCUGUAGCAGAAUAGCCGGUGAUCGUCCAACCACUUCCCCUAUAGGAAUACAAGAUGCACACAGGGAAAGAAGAGCCCCCAAUUGUCAAGACUUGGUCAGCUAAAUACACUGCACCUUCAGAUUUGCUGAAUGCUUUACCGUUAGCUUUUGAGAGCACUAGGUAUAGGUCAUGGGUUCCAAUUAAUUCUUGCUUCCCAUGGACCCAUGGAAAACAGCAAGUUGAUCCCAGUUAAGUUAAGUCACCUCCACAUACACCAGUUUCUUUGUGAGAGAUAAAUUCUUGUUUUUUGGGUUUUUUUUUUUUUUCAUUUUAUAAAAGAAAGCCCUCUCCCCCCCAGGACUUGCAGUAAAUGGGCUUCAGGACCUGUUCUGGUGUGAUCUCACUCUUAUCAGCAGAGGGCGCUCUGCUCGGCUCUUCCUGGUGUGUAACUUACAAGGUGAAUCAGUCAGGUGUAGCGCCCAGGCUAUGACCAAGGGCAGUUUAAAUGCGCAGGCACCCUGGUGACACUUUUAGCCCUGGAGCACUGGGCUUAAUAGUAAAUGUGCACGAUUCUUGUAGGUACUAGAGACCAAAGAGGAAAGCAGGGCAGAAACUGGAUAAAACUGUGAGGCUCGGGGUGGCGCUGCCACAGGCCGCAGCCGCUUAGGAGUGCUACUGGCAGACCCCAUACUGCACUGCGGGGCUGCCCUGGGGUCCACGGGGCAGUCCUCCUGUUCCUCAUCUCCCCGCAUGGCCCAGGUUGGAGGCACACUCUGAGCCGGGGAGGAGGGCCAGGACUGGAGCGCUCCGAACUCAGGCUGCCUGGGGCCUGGUCAGACCACACCUGCCCUUGGUUGUUCAGAGCUCAUCCAAAAAUCAGGGUUUGGCCUUGAGGGGAAAAACAAACAAACAAACAAACAAGCUUCCCUAGAGUCUAUUUCAUUAACCUUCAUAAGCCAAGAAAGCAAGACUAGAAUUGGGCCACAGGAAUCCUUAAACCUAUAGGCUAAACAAGAGAGGCCUACGCCAGCCACAGGGCAGAUUUCCCUGGGUCUUUGCUUCUCUAAAGCAAUUAUGGAUUAUUUCCCCUUUUCAGCUAAAAAGAAAGUUUGGUUUCCUCUGGUGACCGCAUUGUCUGUAACUCAAACCCCAGUGAUUGAUGGGCAAUGUGUUAGCCAACAACCCAGCCAAGCUUCUAGGGCUUCUCUUGGGAUGCCCGUUUCAAAAGUGGAUUUCAUCCAUUUCCAAUGACCCAAUCAGUGAUCACCAAAGGACUGGGAACCUGGGAGGGCCAAAAAAAAAAACCAAGUUUUUUUCACAAGUGCAUCUAAAUUUGGGGGCAAUUUUAUGUAUCAAUAUCUGC